GAUUCUGUUGCUAGGUGGUCGCUGCUGCCGCGGCGGCGGGCAGAACGGCCAAGUGUUUCCUCUCUGGCGGCGCUAGAUGGCGCCUGCGCGGUGGCGCGCGUGCGCGCGCAUCGAGUCGUCGCGGGGCCGCUCGCGGGAGAGUGACAGUUCGCGAGCCCGAACUGUCAUCACGGCGGUACCGCGCGCGUCGUCCGCACCGUUGUCAUUCGCGUCGUAGCCGAGGUGUUGUAUGUGAGAGCCCGCGCAAAGUGAACGUGCGCGACGUAACGUGACGUGACGUGACGCGACGUCGUGACAUCGUGACGUAUCGUGCCAGUGCCGCGUAACCCUCGUGGACGACCUCGUAUACCGUCCGGUCACCGAAGAUCGCGGCUCGAAAUCUCGCGUCUCUCCUUUUUUUCCGCGUCUCUUCUCCCCCGUCGAAAAAGCCGAACCCGCCACCGCCGCCGCACGGUGGGUGCGCACGCAAGGUAGAACGGCUCGCACCGCUCGCUUCGUCGCCGGCUCGGCCUCGCAGUCAGUCUACUGGAAGAUUCCAUUGUGCAAGAGUGUGGGUCUUCGAAAAAGUGUUUUUUCGCGGCUACGCCGGCGAAUUUCCGCGGACACAUCCCAUCGUCGUCGUCUGCACGCCGGGACAUCCAGACCAGCGCCAGCUCGCAGCGUCGGGUUUUCGAGGGAGGAUCGUCCGACGAGGUCGCAAAAUAGACAAGAGGGAAAAACGGCGAAUCGGAAGGAAGAAAAAUAUAGAUAUCCCGUCGUGCCAUCGCGCGCCCUGUUUAUCCUGGGAAUCGAGCCGAGCGCGCGGGCGCCUCGACACUUGACGCGAUUGCUUCGAGGCAAGAAGGAUCCUGGAAGGAUCGAACGGAAGGAAAACAACGUGCGCGGGAUAUGUACCGGGAGCCGAACAGCUCGUCGGGCAGCAACGCCUCCACCAAGGGCGACGAGGUCGAGCUUGUCAGUAGGUUCCUGGCGCCGCUCUGCGCCAGGGACGAGGCGGCCAGGAACAUUGCCCUGGCCGCGGCCAGGACCACCGUCGAGGGAUGGCUGGGCAGCGUCGACGGUUCGAAUCGCUGGGAGGACGCCAGCGACGUCGAGGACACCAAGAGCGCGACCGGCAAGUUCUCCGGUCAAGACGGAAGAUACGACAUGAGUGUCGAGCGGUCGCCGACGAGGUCAUCUCCGAGGAGCGUACACCAGCACCAGCUCCUGCAGGAGACAUUCCGAACAGAGGGCUUCUUCCCGCAAAGCGUGAACGAUAACCCGGCGUCGUUUCUCGAGGAGAACAAUUCAGAGUCCUCGUUCGAUUGCGUGGACGGACGUCUUCUGAACGAGAGGCGGUUCCGCGAGCGAUACGGCGACGGUGUCGAGAGCAGCAGGUCUGGCCAUUCAACCUCCUCGGACGAGGGUAGCAAGGGCUUCAACAACGAGGGGACCAGAUGCCCGCGUUUCGGUUCUAAUUGCGAGAGCGAGCGAAAGUAUCAUCCGGGCUCGUCGUCCAGCGACAGGUCGACGAGCGAGGAUUAUUGUCCUGGCAGGACGAAGAACAAUUACGUGAUGAAGGGCGCCAAGCAGAAGCAGCUGGAGGACGACGAGCUCGACGCGGACACCCGGGUUUACGGCAAGAGUCCCAAGUUCGACGACAAUCUCAGCGGCCUCGCGUCGUUCGACUGCCGGAAUCGCCGAGCCAAAAUCGCCGCCGGCGGCGAUCAGCUGACGCACGAGCAGCGCCGAUACUAUGACGCCGGCACCGACGACGACGUGUCCUUCAAUGAAAGCGAGGCGGCGCGCAGCGACGGGGUCGUCUUCAACACGCUCGACGGCUUCGAGAACGAGAACGAGCCGUCUUACUGCCAGGACAUGAAUCUGGAGAGCCGGGAGACGGCGGUGGUCCACGAAGAUAACCCGGAGGAUCCACGCGGCCGGGCGCAGCAGCAGGAUUAUCUGCGCAAGAACGACGAGAGGAAGUUUAGCGCCGGCCAGAUCAAGAGGCCUCUCUCGCAGGACGAGGACGUGUCCACGAAAAGCGGCCGGGUGCUCGAGAGCCCGGAAGUGACGCCCGGCGACGUCGGCAGGAUGUUGAAUCUCGGUAACGCCUUGGACGGACCCAGGCAGGCUCAGGCCAACAAGUAUCUGAGUCUGGUGACGUUGCAUCUGCCGGUGAUACUCAGGCUCAGCGUCAACUGUCCCUUUCAGAACGUCAGGAUCAAGUGCGCGGAGAUCCUCCAGAUGGUCAAGGAUAGAGGACUUCCAGUACCAGUGCCGGCUUUCGAUGGACCUAGUGCCUUCGUUCCUCUCUCGGAGCUGCCGGACCUGAACAAUCUCGACGAAAAGGUGAGUCUACGAUUACAUCAUAAAUGCGCGAAAUAGCGGUUGGUGAGUAAA